AUGAGCAACAAGAGAAGAAAGAAAUGGUGUUUAAGCUUGGAAAAACUAAGAAGAAACAAAAUGAAGCCGUUCACAGACGCAGAGUUUGAAGAGUUCAAGACAAUGUGUAUAUCGGACGACGGGUGGACUUUAGCCAACCACGAUGAUAUCAACACUGGAUACACCACCCAGACCGAAAACUCGUCGACGCUCCGGAUGAAGUUGAAGUCCAAGUUGUUUGAGCCGUUUUCUAUUAAUUUAGUCUUUGACAUGUUGAGCGACCCACAGUUCAGAGCGGAGUGGGACGGAAACAUUUUAGAAAGAAAGACCAUCGACACCAUUGAUGAGCACAACGAGAUAGACUACUACUCUGUCUCAAUGCCAGUUGUGUCCAACAGAGACUUUUUGUACCAACGAGGAUGGAAAUACAACAAAGACGAAUUUAUUAUUAUGAAUAAGUCCGUUGUUGACCAAAGAGCACCAGAAGUCAGCGGAAUUGUCAGAGCAAAUAUCCGCAUUUCAGGAUAUAUGGUCAGAAUCGAGGAUGGAAAGUGUAAAUUGUAUUAUAUUGCGCACAACGACUGGAACGGAUGGAUCCCGAGUUUUAUAUUCAACACGUUUGGACCGUCGUUCUGCCCGUCUGUACUUAACAAAAUGGCUGCGGGAUGCAAGAAGUACGAGGAUUGGUAUAAACAACAAAAGCCGUAUGAAAGACCAUGGAAAAAGCUGAUUGAAGUCUGA